AUGUGGUCAAAACAAGCGGAUACGCGUAACAAAAACAUGACAUCAUUCAAAAACAAGAUAACCAACAGGAAACGAAAAAACGGAAAGACCGGCUUAAAGGAGCCCGAAAUCGAAACAACCGAAACCCCGAUCAGCAAACCAGCAGAUCAGACACCAAAAGUGGAAACAAGCAAUAAAUCCAACAGGAACAGACGAAACCGUACUAAAUGUGACAACAGUGUCGAGGGUGGUGCUAUAAAAACAACGGCGGACGAAAAAAAAGUGUCAAGUGAUUCGCGUACGAAAUGUGAACAAGAUGACAUCACCAAAAACAAUUUUAUUGAGAAAGACCUUGAAACGGCAGAUGUGGUUCUGAGAAACGCAAACAAUUUGGCGGACAAGAGGAGUACAAAUACGAACACCCUCAAACGCUAUAGUGAUAGUUAUGUGUUUGAACAAAACAGUGGCGCGAUUUUUGAAAACGCGGUACCUGCCGACGAGGUGAUUCCCAAGCUCACAAGAGCAGUUAGUGGUUUUCUUUAUCUUGAAUCCAGGAAGAACAGGUUCAGUGACCUGUUUAAAAGUGGAGCGAUGAAACUCUCAGCCAGCACUGAGAACCUAAAGAAUUGCGUCAAAAAUGAAGCCAAAUGCAAUAAGAAAACCACCGGCGACAUUCAAAAUGACGCGUGCAAAACGCAAACAAAGCAGAACAACAAAAGUAACUGCGGCAAUAAAAACAAUAAAACCAAAAAGACUGAAGUUACGUCUUCCACGAACGUAUCGAGAAACAAUAGCCAGCGAAUGGCUAACGUGAAAAAGGAAAAAGAAAAGCCGGUUAUACCGACUAAUACUGACUCUUAUCUAAAACGUGUCAAAUCUAAAAUUUAUCAAAAGACCAAAUCGGACGAUACAAACAAAAUCGUCAUCGAAUCAAAAUGCAAAAAACUGAAACCGAAGAAGAGCAUGGAGAUAUCCGGAAGAAUUCCUGAGGACGAGGAGGCGGUGAUGUCGCCGCCUGGAGUGCGAAAAUCUCUGACCCAUUUCGAUUUUAGAUUGAUGAGACAAACCUCCAACUUGGAGCGCAGACGAUCGAAAGAUGACAAGGAGGAGAGCAACUCCAGUGUGCCGCCGUCUCCAAAACCGCUUCACUUCUUCGGCAAGGCAAAAUCAAGCAGCGCGAUUAACUUAAACCUGUUACGAAACAGGAAAAACAAAAAUGUGGACAACAAUUGUACGGACGUGCAAAGCGAAUUCGAUUUUAUUGCGUUCGGCGGCGUGAACGGUUUGCUGGCGCGGCAAAGGCUCUUCGGGUCACAGACCCACAUCACUACCAGCACAAACAAUAACAAAACUCCCAGUUGGUUGUAUUGCUGCGAGUCGAAAAAUCCAAAACCGAGUCAAGAUGCCGUCGAUGCUGCAGGAGAUUCAAACAAAACCGGACAGCCGGUUUCUCGUAGCGGUUCCGACCGGCGGCCGGACGCCGUUCGAGAGGAGCGUCACCAGUUGGAGGGGGCCGCAGGACCGGGGGAUCCCAUGAACGACUCGCUAAUCGCGGGAAAAGAAGAUUGGGUCGUGAUGCCCGACAGCGGGGAAAAAGUUUUGCCUAAAAAGAAGUCUACAAACGUAAAUCGUUCUGAAAGUGUGAAAGAGCAGUCAGAGAAGCGAAAGCAAAGACGGAAUAUCAGCGAUCCAUUGCAUAAUACAACAGGCGGGGAAAUCGAUUUGGAUACCCCAACCCACCCAGGCCACUCCAACCCAGACUCCAAUAGUUCUUCUACUUCCAGCUUGUCAAAUGGCAGGUUAUCAGAAAGCCCCAGCACCAGCGUGGAUGCUGUCCAAACCGGUCAUAACAAGACCGACGCGGACAGCGACACCGGAUUCGAAUCGGAUAUUCCAAUGUGGCAUAAUUUAAUUUCGGAGAAAGAUAGAAAAGGCCUCAAUCCGCAGGAGCAAAAGAGACAGGAGAUCAUAAAUGAAAUAUUUUCGACGGAACACUCGCACGUGCGUAGUCUUCGUGUCCUACACAAGAUCUUCUACGAGAAACUGCGGAGCAGCCAAAUCCUCAAAACCGAAGAGCUUCACAUGAUCUUUCCCAACAUUAAGGAGUUGCACGACGUGCACUACGAGUACAACAAGAAGAUGAAGGAGUGCCGCGAAGAGACCAAACCGCUUGUGAAAGAGGUUGGCGAUCUGCUGCUGAGAAUGUUCGACGGUGCGGACGGAGAAAGACUGAAAACGUCGGCGGCCAAGUUUUGCGAGAAGCAGCACCAUGUCCUGGAGUUUAUCACUGAGAAGAGGAAGAAGGACACUAAAUUCGAUAAUCUGCUUACGGAUUGCGAAAAGAAACGGCAUUGCAGGCGAUUACCGUUACAAGGCAUUUUACCAACGGAAAUGCAGAGACUUUCAAAGUAUCCCAUGCUGUUGGAACGUUUGAUCAACAAUACAGAUUCUUCGUGCGUUGACGAACUGUCUAACCUGAAGAAGGCCCAUCAACUGUCGAAAUCGGUCGCCAAUUUUGUCGACGAGGCCGUCAAAUUGGCCUCGAAUCGGCACAGGCUCGAGGAAAUCCAAAAACAUCUUGAAGUCUCAUCUUUAAAGAUUGAUCAUCCGUUGCUGAAAGACGUCAGUCUAGCCGCGAUGCAGGACCUGACCAGGCACAAGCUGAUCCGGGAGGGCAGCAUGUCGCUCCGGAGGCCCAACAAGCCACUGGUUCCCGUUCACGUCUUGCUGAUGGAGGACGUGGUGUACAUUUUGCAGCGGGACGCCGACCGCUACGUACUCAAAUUCUACCAGUCUGGGUCCAGCUCCAACAUGCUGCCCCUGUCACCCUACCUUAAGACAAGUCAACUACUAGUCAGGCUAAAUGCAGUUUGUAAAAAUGGUUUAUAUUUGGUAAACACAAAUACAAACAGUAGUCAAAUAUACGACCUGAUUACCGAAGAAGAUGCCCAACGAGAUAUGUGGUUUAGGCAUUUCAGCGAAGCGGUCGAAACCUACAAUAAAAAGGGACGGCAAGCUGAAGCAGCCGCCCGCCGCCGAUCUGGGCGAUGGCGCCGAGAGCGUGCAGGACCUUCCGCAGGGAGACGCCCGCGCCGAAAGGGCGGAAAAGGUGGGCGCCGAACUGGGCGACGGCGAAGAGAGCGACGCGGACGAACAGGUCGACACCAAAAAAGACGAAGCUGGCGAUUCGGUAGAAAGGGGUGACGAAGAUACGGAAGAUGACAGAUUGGAAUCUCCAGAAACAGUAUCUGGUGGUGGUGGUGUCCAAAGGAUACCAAAGGUCAGCGCUGAGGAAUGGCCUUUAAUCCAGCCCUCGCAGGUCCAGGUUGAAGUGCCCCCUGUGCACACUGCAGAGUCUAUGCUCACUCCGCUAGAGCAAAUACGCCGCAAAGAUAUAGAGGUGCGUCGCGCGUUAGAGGCGAAGGAGCACCUGGUGGCCGACCUGCUAAACAUACCUCGCGAAGAUUUCGCGCACAUCGCCGACAUGGCGAGCGCCGACAGCGCCGGGCCGCGCGAACCCACCGAGCGCAUCAUUGCCGCCAUCUACCAGUCGAAUUUGCUGCAGCAGCUCGUCAACGAGUCGCUAAACGUGACGGAAGCCGACGCUGUGAGGGCGAGGGGCGCUAAAAGCACCGCCGCCUGCGCCAGUCAGCAGCAACCAGAAGGGCAGGACGCGCCGACGACGUCUGGCAAGCCGGCCAUCGAUGCCAACGCCGUGCAGACGAUUGCGUACACGCUGAGCCGGCAGCUCGAUGCCUUACUGGCUGAUGUAAAACAAAUGGAAGACGAACGCGAUAGACUGAGGAAGGAUAAUGUCAAGCUUAGAGAGUGUCUUCAUGAACAAUCAAAUCUACACGGACCCGUAGAAGAUGCCACUGAUGAAAACCCUAACGGCGAUGACUUGGAAAACGCGCAGGAUAGUCAGAAAGCUGAAGAAUGUGAAGCAGUGGGGGAAUAA